AUGGCCCCUGUCGACAAUACAAAUUCCGCUUCUUUCUCGGACGGAGAAGAUUUUGAGAAUGCCUCCCGGGGAUUCAUUGAUUCUCUAAAGCCUUGCACUAUCCGCGCUCGUGACGGCAAUGUCGUAUGGGAUAAUGACCAAUAUUGCUUUCUCGAGGACAAAUGCCCUGGGACGGUCAAUCCAAGUCUCUGGCGACAGGCUCAACUUUGUUACAAGCAGGGGCUUUUUGAGGUUGCUAGAGGCAUCUAUCAAGUCAGGGGGUUUGAUCUUUCAAACAUGACCGUGGUAGAGGGCCAGCAAGGAGUCAUUGUGAUCGACCCACUUAUCUCGGCUGAAUGUGCCGCAGCAGCUCUAGCAUUAUAUCGCCAACAUCGUGGAAAUCGGAAGGUCACUGGUCUGAUAUAUUCACACUCACAUGCGGAUCAUUUUGGGGGUGCAGCGGGUGUGCUUCCAUCUUACGGUCACGCCAACGGAUCGCUUAGUAAUGAACCCGUGUCCAUUCCAAUUCUUGCACCUGAGCACUUUAUGGAUGAAGCCAUCAGCGAAAAUAUAUUCGCGGGACCAGCAAUGCGCAGACGCGCAGCGUUUAUGUUCGGCAAUCGCCUGGUUAAAGGCUCCCAAGGCCAGGUUAGCUCCGGGCUUGGCCUGACCAGUUCCAGUGGCACCACUGGGCUCAUCCCACCAAAUGUGGAUAUCAAACUGACAGGGGAGGAGCAUGUUUUGGAUGGAGUGAGAAUCGUGUUUCAAAUGGUUCCGGGCACAGAAGCACCAGCAGAGAUCAAUCUCUAUUUUCCAGAGCAACGGGCCCUCUGCAUCUCGGAAUGCGCUACUCAUUGUAUGCACAAUAUAGGUACACUCAGGGGCGCUCAAGUACGGGAUGCAAAGGCGUGGUCUAAAUACCUCGACGAAUCUUUGACACUGUUUGGAAAUAAAUCUGAUGUUUUGUUUGCAAGCCAUCAUUGGCCAACUUGGGGCCAGGAGAAGCUCGUUCGGCUCAUAUCAGAGCAGCGUGAUCUAUACGCCUACCUUCAUGACCAGACAUGCCGAAUGAUGAAUCUUGGGCUCACAGGAAUCCAAAUUGCAGAAAGGCUGGAGUUGCCUACGUCCCUUCAGAAGGCCUGGCAUAUCAAAGGAUAUUACGGCUCCCUUAGCCACAAUGUGAAAGCCAUAUACCAGCGCUACAUGACCUGGUUCGACGGCAAUGCGGCCCACCUGUGGCAGCAUCCACCUGAAAGUGAAGCAGCGCGAUAUGUUGACUGUAUGGGGGGCGUCGAAAAUGUUGUUAGAAAGGCCCUAGAGUAUCGUGACAACGGUGACCUCCGCUUUGCGGCCACUUUACUCGACCACGCGUUUUUCACGGAGCCUACACCCGCGGUGAGAGACGCCUCAGCAUCCGUAUUUGAGAGGCUAGGCUAUGGGGCAGAGAAUGCCAUAUGGCGCAAUUUCUAUCUUACCCGCGCUCAAGACAUCCGCAAUAAGGUCGAAUUCCAUCUUUCGAAGCCCGCAGAAGUGCAACCAAUAAAUCCAUUGCUCUCAGUGGCCGACUGGCUGGAUUGUAUUUCCAUCCAAUUGGAUGGCAGUCAGGUCAAUGGCGAGAAGAUCACCAUUGAAAUAUUAAUGCCUGAUGAGAAAUGUCGCUGGACAUUAUCCUUGAGCAAUGGCGCUUUAAUUUAUCGGGAACAGCCAAUUGAACAGGCAUCUCCUCUACGAGCAGAUUUAAUCCUGAAGUUGAACAAAGGCCAGCUGGCUGAUGUCCUUCAAGGCCGAGGGGGAUCUGAGAGUCCUAUCCAAGCUUCUAGGGUUCUUGUCUAUUGGGAUCAGAGGAAGACCAAGGUUAUAGAAGGAUAUGGAUCAUUUGGUGAUCUUCUGGUCGAUUAUACGAGCAAGGAAAUUAAUCACUAUGGAGCUCAGGCCACCUCAGACGAUUGA